AUGGAAUGGAACAACGCCACUGACCAGGCCGCUGUCAAGCAAAGCCAGAUUGAUGAGCUAAUUGCUGAAUGCGAUGAACUUAGCCACACCCUGGUCUGCAUGACAGUCAGCAACCAAGCAGCAAGUCGAGGUGUCACCCCCUCUGAGACUACCUGGAGGUCUGUCAAGAUUGAUGACCCAAAACACCUCACUGACAGCAAGGAGCCAAAAUUUGAACACUGGCUCUCCUGGAUGAAGAACAAGCUCCGGGAGAACGCUGACCACUACCCUACUGAACGCAUGAGGAUUGCAUACAUCGAAAACUGGACUGAUGGGGACGCGGCACGUCACAUUGCACCCUGUAUGGAAGAGGACCACCCCGAGCGAUAUCAGACUGCAGAAGAGAUAUUUGAGCACCUCAAGUCAAUAUAUGAGGAUGCUAACAAGCUGCAAAAUGCCAAGAGUGAUUAUCGCAAGCUGAUUAUGCGCAAUGGGGACAAUUAUCAUGAAUUUGUCACAAAAUUCUUACACCUGGCAGGUGAGGCCAAGAUUGCCAGAGGGGACUACAAGACAGACUUCAAUGACAAGCUGUCCUUUGACCUCCAGAAGAUGGUAGCAGUAGCCAAUGCGACCACUGAUACAUAUGCUGAGUUUCAGAAAAUCUGUGUGCAGGCAGCUCACACCCUCCAGACAAUCAAUGCCACCCAGAAAUCAAAGAGCUCGCGGGGAAAUGGGCCUAAUACCUUCAAGCAGAACACCCUGCGGACUGCCAACAGUCAAACACCCCCCAGCAUCUCUACAACAAAAUCCCCUACUGUGAAGGAGGCCUUGAGCUCUCGUCCGGAUAUUCAGUGCUACUACUGUAAGGAAAAAGGCCACAUUGCCAGGAACUGCCCUGCAAAGCAGAAGUCCCAGCAGGUGAUUGCUGAGCUCACAGGGAAUGAUGCCCCUGAGCCUUCAGCAGAUUCAGGAAAAGAGAAGUUUCAAGAACUCCCAUUCAAAUGCCGCAUGAAGGGAUACAAUGGCGCCCCCGGCGGGGUGAUAGACUGCACAUUGACCCUAAACCUCUGGGUGGAUGGCCGGAGAUUUCAGAAUGUCCCUCUGCUGGUAACAGACCUAGGCCAGCACCCUGUCAUCCUGGGACGGAAGUGGUUGACAGCACAGGAUAUAUGGCUUGAUGUUAAAAACCAACACCUGGUUUGGCCGAGUGAACGGUCUAUCCCUGAACAGGUGGCGGAGCCGAUGUUGAAGAUAGUACCCUGGUCAGUACUGAAGCGCCCAGACCCCAAGCCUGAGCAUCAGGCAGAUGUGGAAUGA